CACUUGAGUCAUCAAACACACAGCUCACAAUCACAAGUACCCUAACAACUUCAUCAUCUCCUAUUUCCAUCACAUUUCUCUCUUUCAAGUUAUAUCUCAAUAUCCUCAAGCUUUUCGAUCAUCACGUCCAUAUCAGAUCAGUAACUAGGUACAUUUCGAAUUGCAAUGGACAAGGUAAUGAAAUUGGCGUCACAAAAGGCAGUGGUUAUAUUUAGUAAGAGUACAUGUUGCAUGUCUCAUGCUAUCAAGAGUCUUUUCUAUGAUCUUGGUGUGAGUCCAGCCAUUUAUGAAUUAGAUGAAGAAUCAAGAGGGAGAGAAAUGGAGAAAGCACUCCAAAGACUUGGAUGUAACCCUACUGUACCAGCUGUGUUUAUUGGAGGGAAACUAGUGAGCUCAACCAACACUAUCAUGUCCCUGCAUCUCAGUGGCGCUUUAAUCCCUAUGCUCAAAGAAGCCGGAGCCAUUUGGCUCUGACUGAUUAUCAAAGCAAAUUUUCCUGCUCUUAUACCAAGUUGACGGGGAAGAUUGAUAACUUCAAACGUCAUGUGCCAUGGGCUUUUUAAUCAGUCUGUUUUGAUCUAAUUAAUCGAGUAGCUAGCAAGUGCGGGAAAAGAGUUAUAUGAACAAAGUCUAUAGAGCUUAACUAAUAGUAACUAUCAGUACGAAUUUUGGUUAUGCUUUGCUCGUAUACCUACGACGAGUAUAUGUAUUGUGUGUCUUCAAUGGAACAAUGUAUUUGGUUUUUAAGUAACUAAUGUUAAGGAUGACGCUACUUGUUAAAGUAGUUUUUGGAAGUACUAUUCCGACUUCCUGGAUCAUAAGCAUGUUAAGGAAUUUAUCGAUUUGAGUUUGUUGAUC